AUCAAUAUGAAAAUCAGUGCCCUUUUUCGCUUCUUAAGAGGGCUGCGCUUUCAUUAGUUUCACCAUAGUUAACAAUGCUUAAGAAUUUAAUAAAUAAAGGGUGUUGUUUCUUAAGAGGAAAUAGCUUAAAUCUUUCCAUAUUUAUUUACUUCUUACGAUGCUCGCAUAUCUGUGUGGACUGUACUAUUUGUUAUAACCAUUUGUAUUGUUUUGAUUACUUAUUGUUCUGACGCAUAAGGACUAAGAUUCUUAGAUGAAAUAGCUUAAAAAAUGGAAAUCAUGGUGGGAGACAAGGAGAAACUCGAGCAUGUGAGUGAUUCAGAAGCAGGUUUUUGAGAUCCACUGCAGUGGUAAGGUGAUCUUUGUCUGUAUAUUGAAAGAGGGGAAGAUUUGGAAGCAACCCAUUUACGUGGGUUGAAGAACAAGACUAUUGCGUUCUUGGGUCGUGAUUGAAAAGGCUGAAAACCAUCAAAAGAUACCAACAUUCUACCAUACUCCUUCAACCUCUUUUUACUUCUUUUGCUUAAUCACUCAUUAAUUCUUCUUCACUGCUUGUUUGGGCUGCAAAUUUUGGUGGGGUUUUCUUCAAUCAUAACCUCUCUGUUCCUUCUCUCUUAUAAAUCCCCAAAACCCAAGAUUGCAAUCAGCUUGAAGUGGGAGUGUUACUAUUCAUAACACGUUCCAACUCCACGAAGAAUCGUUGGCAUACAUUUGUGGUAGAAAUAGGGAUCUGGGUUUACAAUAAGAUCGGCUAAUUUAGCCGACAUUCUUGUUCCUUGUGGUUUAGUGUUCUUAAAUCGCAUCUGGGUAUGAGCGAUUCUUUGAUUUUGUUUGAUAUAUUGCCAUAAACAGUUGAGUUUUGUUUUGUAUUUUGGGGUUUCCAUCGCCGCCAAUAUUGUGUUCGUAGGAGGAAAUAAUGGCGGGGAAUGGGCUCUUUUACCCGAUUCUCGGACUCGCAUGUUGUUUGGCUUUCAUUUACAUAUCGUUUGGGGACUGGAAGCUUGUGGAUACUAAAGCCCCCAAAAUGGGUUUUGUAGAGAGGAAUGGAACGCAGUUCAUGGUGAAUGGGAGAGCGUUUUAUAUCAAUGGAUGGAAUUCUUACUGGUUUAUGGACCAUGCCGUUGAGGGAUACAGAAAGCCCAGAGUCAGAGCGAUGCUGCGGGCGGCGAGGAAGAUGGGGCUUACAGUUUGCCGAACUUGGGCCUUCAGCGACGGUGGCUACAAUGCCCUCCAGGUUUUUCCCGGCAGGUUUAACGAGCAAGUCUUUAAGGCUUUGGAUCAUGUCAUUGCAGAAUCAAGACAACAUGGGAUAAGGCUUCUCCUUAGCUUAGUCAACAACUUGCAAGCAUACGGUGGGAAGACUCAGUAUGUGAAGUGGGCAUGGCAAGAUGGUGUUGGUUUAAGCUCUUCCAAUGAUUCCUUCUUCUAUGAUCCCUCGAUACGCAUUUAUUUUAAGAAUUAUAUUAAGACUGUCCUAACAAGAAGGAACUCCAUCACUGGAAUUGAAUAUAGAAACGAUCCGACCAUCUUCGGAUGGGAAUUGAUUAACGAGCCACGUUGUAUGACCGAUGCCUCAGGCGAUACUCUUCAAGAGUGGAUUGAAGAAAUGUCAGCUUACAUUAAAUCGAUUGACAAGAAGCAUCUAUUAACUGUUGGGUUAGAAGGAUUUUAUGGUCCAAAUAGCCCCAAGAAAUCUACUGUGAACCCGGAAGAGUGGGCAUCCAGACUUGGCUCUGAUUUCAUCCGCAAUUCUGAGAUCCCACACAUAGAUUUUGCCUCUGUUCAUAUCUACCCCGACCAUUGGUUCCAUGAUCAAGAUUUUGAAGAAGAACUGAAAUUUGUAUCCAAGUGGAUGCUCUCUCAUAUUGAAGAUGGUGACAAAGAGUUGAAGAAACCAGUCAUGUUUACUGAAUUUGGACUGUCAGACCUGAACAAAGGCUUCACCCCAGCUCAGCGGGAUAGAUUUUACAAAACUGUUUACGACGUCAUUUACAAAUCUGCCAAGAGGAAGCGAUCGGGAGCUGGCUCUUUAGCCUGGCAGUUCCUUGUCGAAGGAAUGGAAGAGAGUAACGACGAUUUCGGGAUAGUCCCGUGGGAAAGAUCGUCGAUAUAUCGGCUUAUUAUAGAGCAAUCAUGCAGGUUGGCAAGGAUUGGUGGAGACAUCCAACAGUUAAAAGCAUUGAAAAAUGUGUGCUGAGAGAUGGUGAUCUGAGUAUUAUCUUAUUUGAGAGAAUUCAAUUCGUUCCCUUCCUGCUAUAUUUUGGCUCUCUGCCAUUUGUUUCUUCUGUUGAUACAUAUUUGAAAUAGAUUAGUUAGUUUAACCUAUAGGAGUGAGUUUCAACCAGACUAUACAUGAACUGGUGGAAGCUGUAGUGUUUUUGAGCGAAUAUACAAGCCAAUACAUGAACAACAAGCUGUAAUGUUUUUGAGUAAAUAUACGAGUCAUAAUCUAUUUUACCUUUGAA